AUGUCCGAACCCAACUCCUCCGACCCCCCACCAGGCUCAGUAAACAUCGCCUCCCUGAGCGUGCCCCAACUCCGCGCUCUGCAGACCCGCCUCUCCUCGGAACUCGAGCACCUGACGACCUCGCACGCGAAGCUGCGCGCCGCCCAGCUGAAGUUCCGGGACUGCGUGCGCUCUAUCAACGAGGGGGUGGUCGGGUCGGCCAAGAAGGGCACCGCGGGGGGCCCGGACCAGGAGAUUCUGGUUCCCUUGACGAGCUCGCUGUACGUGCGCGGCAAGCUGGCGGAUCGCGAGAAGGUGCUCGUUGAUGUCGGGACGGGGUUCUAUGUUGAGAAGACUGCUCCCAAAGCCAUCGAGUUCUACGAGAAUAAGGCCAAGGAUUUGGAGACCAACCUCACCGAGUUGGAGAAAAUUGUACAGACUAAGAGUCAGCAGCAGAGGCUCUUUGAAGAUGCUUUGAGACAGAAACUGCUGGCCGAAGGGGCCGCAUCCUCCGCUUCUGCUACCGCCGGUGCAGGUUAG